UUCACUACACGGGGACUUUGAUUGAUGGAACUAAGUUUGAUUCAAGUCUUGAUAGAGAUUCUCCUUUCAGCUUCACGCUUGGACUAGAGGAGUUAGAGAAUAUCAGAGACCACAAGAAAACCAAGUACAAAGAGGGCACUAUCAAGCAAGGACACCAGAGCAUGACAGAGACUCUCCAACACCAAUAAUGUCAAAAGCAUUGAUCACCGUCGCCGCCACAUAUAUAAACGAUAGUAUUUAACCUUUAUUUAUCCGUCAAUUAUUAAAAAAAAAACAUCAAAAUUGAUGUUUUUUAGUUCUUCAUUGAUAUCAUUGCUGCAAUACAUGUUUAGUCCUUUUAGAUGUGUAUGAAAUUUGUCCAAAAAAUGAAUAAUAUGCGUUGAAAAAAAGAAAAAAUACAUUUUUUAAAGCACUUUGUUUGAAUUGUCCGAUACGUGUUGCAUGAAGUUCAUACGGGUGUCAAACACUGAUUCAGAGAGUGUCGAAGCUAAACAAAAACUAUUUUUUGGGACACUUGUUUGACUUUUCCGACACAUGUCUGGAUUUUCAACACGUGUUGUACGAGUGUCAUACAAGUAUUGCUCAUCGCGACACACCUAAUUUUAGAGAUGUAUGUGCUUCAUAGGCAGAGAACGAAUCGGUCUUUGCCACUUUAGCCUUUGCCAGAAGUAGCAGACGUUGUCAUGGGAAACUGAUAGACGAACCACUGGUAUUCUGACAGAGAACAGUGAAGGAGGAGAAGAAAGGCUUCACAGAAGAAAAUGUUACUUCAGUCAAUCUUGGUGAACGAGUGUGCAGAAGAGGGAAAGUAAUUCAAGGAUGGGAUGAAGGUAUUAAAACCAUGAAGAAAGGUGAAAAGGCACUCUUCACCAUCCCACCCGAGCUAGCUUAUGGUGAAUCUGGUUCACCUCCAACAAUUCCUCCUAAUGCGACGCUCCAAUUUGAAGUUGAGCUGUUGUCUUGGACGAGCGUGAAGGACAUAUGUAAAGAUGGCGGUUUAUUUAAGAGGAUACUUAGUGAGGGGGAGAAAUGGGAGAACCCCAAGGAUCCUGAUGAAGUAUUGGUUAAGUAUGAGGUUCGUCUAGAAGAUGGAAAAGUUGUUGUAGCAAAGUCUGAUGGAGUGGAGUUCACUGUCAGUGAGGGUCAUUAUUGCCCUGCAUUUUCAAAGGCUGUUAAAACCAUGAAGAAGGGAGAGAAAGUGAUUUUAUUAGUAAAGCCUCAAUAUGGAUUUGGCGAGAAGGGGAAACCAGCACACGGUGAUGAAGGUGCAGUUCCACCAAAUGCAUCACUACAGAUCACACUUGAGUUGGUUUCUUGGAAGACUGUUUCAGAUGUGACUAGCGACAAGAAGGUUAUAAAGAAGAUCCUGAAGGAAGGGGAAGGAUAUGAUCGUCCAAAUGAAGGGGCCAUUGUAAAAUUGAAACUAGUUGGUAAACUGCAAGAUGGUACUGUCUUUUUCGAAAAGGGCCAUGGUGAAGAAGAGAAGCUGUUCGAAUUCAAAACAGACGAGGAGCAAGUCAUUGAUGGACUUGAUAAAGCUGUAUUGACUAUGAAGAAGGGUGAGGUAGCAUUAUUGACUAUUGCUCCCGAGUAUGCAUUUGGCGCAUCACAGUCCCAACAGGAGUUGGUUGUAAUUCCCGCUAAUUCGACUGUGUAUUAUGAAGUUGAACUAGUGUCAUUUGACAAGGAGAAGGAGUCUUGGGAUAUGAGCACUGAAGAAAAAAUUGAAGCUGCUGGUAAGAAGAAAGAAGAAGGGAAUGUUUUGUUUAAAGCCAGUAAAUAUGCAAGGGCUUCCAAAAGAUACGAGAAGGCUGUGAAGAACAUAGAAUACGAUUCCUCCUUCAGCGAGGAGGAGAAAAAGCUGUCAAAAACCUUGAAGAUUGCUUCCUAUCUAAACAAUGCUGCUUGCAAGUUGAAGUUGAAAGAGUACAAAGAUGCAGAGAGAUUGUGUACCAAGGUGUUGGAUAUCGAGAGCACAAACGUGAAAGGCCUCUAUAGAAGGGCCCAGGCAAGUAUGCAGUUGGGUGACUUGGAUUUGGCUGAAAUUGAUGUUAAAAAAGCUCUUGAGGUUGAACCUGACAACAGGGAAGUAAAGCUGGAGUACAGGAAUUUGAAGGAAAUGAUAAAGGAGUACAAUAAAAAGCAGGCGAAAUUUUACGGAAAUAUGUUCAGCUUGACAAAGGCUUGAUCCUGUGAUUGAAAUUUUAGUAUGCCAUUAUAUUUCAAAAAGUUGCUAUCAACGCUACGGAAACCGAGGAUGUUAACAACAGAAUCUGAUUAAGUUGAGUAUCUAUGUUUUCUAUGGGUUUGAUUAUCAUUGUAUUGUUUAUGGAUUAUGGGGAAAAAUGUGUUGGACAUUCAUUUCGUAGUUAGUAUUGAAUGUUAAACAUAAUUGGCUUGAUUGAAUCUUUCCCCCAUUAACUGUAAUGAUUUGUAUAAGAACUACUAUUAGAUGUGAACAAAUUUACUUAAAUUUUUUUAUUUGGAUGCAA